UUAAUAUGUAUUUAAUUUGUGUCAUGGUUUUAUUUGGGGUCAGGUCAACUAGAAGGUCAACAUGUAUUUAAUUUGUGUCCUCAUGGUUUUAUUUGGGGUCAGGUCAACUACAAGGUGAAUAUGUUUAAUUUGUGUCCUCAUGGUUUUAUUUGGGGUCAGGUCAACUAGAAGGUCAACAUGUAUUUAAUCUGUUUCCUCAUGGUUUUAUUUGGGGUCAGGUCAACUACAAGGGCAACAUGUAUUUAAUUUGUGUCCUCAUGGUUUUAUUUGGGGUCAGGUCAACUAGAAGGUCAACAUGUAUUUAAUUUGUGUCCUCAUGGUUUUAUUUGGGGUCAGGUCAACUACAAGGUCAAUAUGUUUAAUUUGUGUCCUCAUGGUUUUAUUUGGGGUCAGGUCAACUACAAGGGCAGCAUGUAUUUAAUUUGUGUCCUCAUGGUUUUAUUUGGGGUCAGGUCAACUAGAAGGUCAACAUGUAUUUAAUUUGUGUCCUCAUGGUUUUAUUUGGGGUCAGGUCAACUACAAGGUCAAAUUGUUUAAUUUGUGUCCUCAUGGUUUUAUUUGGGGUCAGGUCAACUACAAGGGCAGCAUGUAUUUAUUUUGUGUCAUGGUUUUAUAUGGAGUCAGGUCAACUACAAGGUCAAUAUGUAUUUAAUUUGUGUCAUGGUUUUAUUUGGGGUCAGGUCAACUACAAGGUCAACAUGUAUUUAAUUUGUGUCAUGGUUUUAUUUGGGGUCAGGUCAACUACAAGGUCAACAUGUAUUUAAUUUGUGUCAUGGUUUUAUUUGGAGUCAGGUCAACAUGUAUUUAAUUUGUGUCAUGGUUUUAUUUGGGGUCAGGUCAACUACAAGGUCAACAUGUAUUUAAUUUGUGUCAUGGUUUUAUUUGGGGUCAGGUUAAUAUGUAUUUAAUUUGUGUCAUGGUUUUAUUUGGGGUCAGGUCAACUACAAGGUCAACAUGUAUUUAAUUUGUGUCCUCAUGGUUUUAUUUGGGGUCAGGUCAACUACAAGGGCAACAUGUAUUUAAUUUGUGUCCAUGGUUUUAUUUGGGGUCAGGUCAACUACAAGGGCAACAUGUAUUUAAUUUGUGUCCUCGUGGUUUUAUUUGGGGUCAGGUCAACUAGAAGGUCAACAUGUAUUUAAUUUGUGUCCUCAUGGUUUUAUUUGGGGUCAGGUCAACUACAAGGUCAAUAUGUUUAAUUUGUGUCCUCAUGGUUUUAUUUGGGGUCAGGUCAACCACAAGGGCAGCAUGUAUUUAAUUUGUGUCCUCAUGGUUUUAUUUGGGGUCAGGUCAACUACAAGGGCAGCAUGUAUUUAAUUUGUGUCCUCAUGGUUUUAUUUGGGGUCAGGUCAACUACAAGGUGAACAUGUAUUUAAUUUGUCCUCAUGGUUUUGGUCAACUACAAGGUCAGUAUGUAUGUGUUUUGGUCAACUUGUAUGUAUUUUGUGUCCUCAUGGUUUUGGUCAACUACAAGGUUAACAUGUAUGUAUUUUGUGUCCUCAUGGUUUUAUUUGGGGUCAGGUCAACUACAAGGUCAAUAUGUAUUUAAUUUGUGUCCUCAUGGUUUUGGUCAACUACAAGGUCAGUAUGUAUGUGUUUUGGUCAACUUGUGUGUAUUUUGUGUCCUCAUGGUUUUGGUCAACUACAAGGUCAGUAUGUAUGUAUUUUGUGUCAUGUUGUGGUCAACUUGUAUGUAUUUUGUGUCCUCAUGGUUUUGGUCAACUACAAGGUCAAUAUGUAUUUAAUUUGUGUCCUCAUGGUUUUAUUUGGGGUCAGGUCAACUACAAGGUGAACAUGUAUUUAAUUUGUCCUCAUGGUUUUGGUCAACUACAAGGUCAGUAUGUAUGUGUUUUGGUCAACUUGUAUGUAUUUUGUGUCCUCAUGGUUUUGGUCAGCUACAAGGUCAAUAUGUAUUUAAUUUGUGUCCUCAUGGUUUUAUUUGGGGUCAGAUCAACUACAAGGUGAACAUGUAUUUAAUUUGUCCUCAUGGUUUUGGUCAACUACAAGGUCAGUAUGUAUGUGUUUUGGUCAACUUGUAUGUAUUUUGUGUCCUCAUGGUUUUGGUCAGCUACAAGGUCAAUAUGUAUUUAAUUUGUGUCCUCGUGGUUUUAUUUGGGGUCAGGUCAACUACAAGGUGAACAUGUAUUUAAUUUGUCCUCCAUGGUUUUGGUCAACUACAAGGUCAGUAUGUAUGUGUUUUGGUCAAGUUGUAUGUAUUUUGUGUCCUCAUGGUUUUGGUCAACAUGUAUGUAUUUUGUGUCCUCAUGGUUUUAUUUGGGGUCAGGUCAACUACAAGGUCAAUAUGUAUUUAAUUUGUGUCCUCAUGGUUUUAUUUGGGGUCAGGUCAACUACAAGGUCAACAUGUAUUUAAUUUGUCCUCAUGGUUUUAUUUAGGGUCAGGUCAACUACAAGGUGAACAUGUAUUUAAUUUGUCCUCAUGGUUUUGGUCAACUACAAGGUCAGUAUGUAUGUGUUUUGGUCAACUUGUAUGUAUUUUGUGUCCUCAUGGUUUUGGUCAACUACAAGGUCAACAUGUAUUUAAUUUGUGUCCUCAUGGUUUUAUUUGGGGACAGGUCAACUACAAGGUGAACAUGUAUUUAAUUUGUCCUCAUGGUUUUGGUCAACUACAAGGUCAGUAUGUAUGUGUUUUGGUCAACUUGUAUGUAUUUUGUGUCCUCAUGGUUUUGGUCAACUACAAGGUCAAUAUGUAUUUAAUGUGUCCUCAUGGUUUUAUUUGGGGUCAGGUCAACUACAAGGUAAACAUGUAUUUAAUUUGUCCUCAUGGUUUUGGUCAACUACAAGGUCAGUAUGUAUGUGUUUUGGUCAACAUGUAUGUAUUUUGUGUCCUCAUGGUUUUGGUCAACUACAAGGUCAAUAUGUAUUUAAUUUGUGUCCUCAUGGUUUUAUUUGGGGUCAGGUCAACUACAAGGUCAGUAUGUAUGUGUUUUGGUCAACUUGUAUGUAUUUUGUGUCCUCAUGGUUUUGGUCAACUACAAGGUCAACAUGUAUGUAUUUUGUGUCCUCAUGGUUUUAUUUGGGGUCAGGUCAACUACAAGGUGAACAUGUAUUUAAUUUGUCCUCAUGGUUUUGGUCAACUACAAGGUCAGUAUGUAUGUGUUUUGGUCAACUUGUAUGUAUUUUGUGUCCUCAUGGUUUUGGUCAACUACAAGGUCAACAUGUAUUUAAUUUGUGUCCUCAGUUUUAUUUGGGGUCAGGUCAACUACAAGGUGAACAUGUAUUUAAUUUGUCCUCAUGGUUUUGGUCAACUACAAGGUCAGUAUGUAUGUGUUUUGGUCAACUUGUAUGUAUUUUGUGUCCUCAUGGUUUUGGUCAACUACAAGGUCAACAUGUAUGUAUUUUGUGUCCUCAUGGUUUUAUUUGGGGUCAGGUCAACUACAAGGUCAAUAUGUAUUUAAUUUGUGUCCUCAUGGUUUUAUUUAGGGUCAGGUCAACUACAAGGUCAACAUGUAUUUAAUUUGUCCUCAUGGUUUUGGUCAACUACAAGGUCAGUAUGUAUGUGUUUUGGUCAACUUGUAUAUAUUUUGUGUCCUCAUGGUUUUGGUCAACUACAAGGUCAAUAUGUAUUUAAUUUGUGUCCUCAUGGUUUUAUUUGGGGUCAGGUCAACUACAAGGUCAAUAUGUAUUUAAUUUGUGUCCUCAUGGUUUUAUUUGGGGUCAGGUCAACUACAAGGUGAACAUGUAUUUAAUUUGUCCUCAUGGUUUUAUUUGGGGUCAGGUCAACUACAAGGUGAACAUGUAUUUAAUUUGUCCUCAUGGUUUUGGUCAACUACAAGGUCAGUAUGUAUGUGUUUUGGUCAACUCGUAUGUAUUUUGUGUCCUCAUGGUUUUGGUCAACUACAAGGUCAAUAUGUAUUUAAUUUGUGUCCUCAUUUUAUUUGGGGUCAGGUCAACUACAAGGUCAAUAUGUAUUUAAUUUGUGUCCUCAUGGUUUUAUUUGGGGUCAGGUCAACUACAAGGUGAACAUGUAUUUAAUUUGUCCUCAUGGUUUUAUUUGGGGUCAGGUCAACUACAAGGUCAAUAUGUAUUUAAUUUGUGUCCUCAUGGUUUUAUUUGGGGUCAGGUCAACUACAAGGUCAAUAUGUAUUUAAUUUGUGUCCUCAUGGUUUUAUUUGGGGUCAGGUCAACUACAAGGUCAACAUGUAUUUAAUUUGUGUCCUCAUGGUUUUAUUUGGGGUCAGGUCAACUACAAGGUCAAUAUGUAUUUAAUUUGUGUCCUCAUGGUUUUAUUUGGGGUCAGGUUAAUUACAAGGGGAACAUGUAUUUAAUUUGUCCUCAUGGUUUUGGUCAACUACAAGGUCAGUAUGUAUGUAUUUUGUGUCAUGGUUUUGGUCAACGUGAAUGUAUUUUGUGUCCUCAUGGUUUUGGUCAACUACAAGGUCAACAUUAUGUAUUUUGUGUCCUCAUGGUUUUAUUUGGGGUCAGGUCAACUUCAAGGUCAAAAUGUAUUUAAUUUGUCCUCAUGGUUUUGGUCAACUACAAGGUCAGUAUGUAUGUGUUUUGUGUCAUGGUUUUGGUCAAUGUGUAUGUAUUUUGUGUCCUCAUGGUUUUGGUCAACUACAAGGUCAACAUGUAUGUAUUUUGUGUCCUCAUGGUUUUGGUCAACUACAAGGUCAACAUGUAUGUAUUUUGUGUCCUCAUGGUUUUGGUCACCUACAAGGUCAACAUGUAUGUAUUUUGUGUCCUCAUGGUUUUGAUCAACUAAAAGGUCCGUAUGUAUGCAUUUUGUGUCCUCAUGGUUUUGGUCAACAUGUAUGUAUAUGUAUUUUGUGUCAGUUUUGGUCAACUACAAGGUCAACAUGUAUUUGAUUUGUGUCCUCAUGGUCUUGGUCAACUACAAGCUCCUCUUUCACAUAACUCAAUUGUAGGUUCUCUUUUGGUCUCAUCCCAGAAAAGCUGAUGGUCCUCCAUCAGCUGGAUGAGCUUGCGCAUCUUCCUCAGACAUCUCAUCUUCUACUUUGGCCUCCAAACCUUCAACAAGUUGCUCUGAUUUAUAGUUUUGGUUGCUGGGUUGUGUGUUUUGACUCUUCGUGUGCGUCCAGUAUGUCCUUCACAAAGCUAUGGCUGAUUUCAGUAGGUGGUUCUUCAUCCUCAAGAAUAGGUAUUUAGUGUGUAUCCUCAGAACAAGUCUUCAGAAGAUUAGGACCAUUGGGGUCUUGGGGAUUUUCUAACUCCACUGACAGUUGGUCCUCUUGGUCUCCUACGGGCGUGCCUCCGCAAGAGAUCUGCAAUCAACACACCUGCCCGUGAUGAGGGACCAGCCUUCAUAAGCCAGCGUGUCUUAAGAACGUAGCUUCUCGUACCCAGAACACUUCCCGUCGUCCUUCCUCGUCCUCCAGCUGUGUCUCGUCUACCUGGACCCCCUUUGGAUUCCCUCUUUUCUUCCUGGACUUCCACCUCACGCCUGCCCACUGACCACGACGCCUCGCUCCUGUCCUCGACCAUCCACCUGCCCUCUGACGUCCGAGCCUGUGUUUUUCCCCUUUUGGACUUCCGCCUCGAUCUCAACACGCACACUCAACGCCCUCUGGUGACCACGCUCAGAUAAUACUUACACAUAGUCACACUACAUCUCUUUAAGCUAGUCACACACUGCACUCACAUACU